AUGGUAAAAGAGAGUCUCCGAGCCUGGGUCCAGGACGCUGAGGAUAUCCUGGUGCACAUCAAUGUUGGAGGCCUGAAGCGCAGCCUGUUCUCGAGCACUCUAAGUAAUUUCCCCGAUACACGUCUGGGACGCCUGCUGGCCUGCGAGUCCGAGGAGGCCAUAUUGCAAGUUUGCGACGAUUACGAUGCUCAACAAAAGGAGUUUUACUUUGACCGCAACCCGGGACUCUUCCCUUACGUGCUACAAUUCUACCAGACCGGCAAACUCCACAUCAUGGAGGAACUGUGCAUCUUCUCUUUCUGCCAGGAAAUUGAAUACUGGGGAAUCAAUGAGUUCUUCCUGGACAGCUGCUGUAGCUACCGUUACCACGAUCGUAAACUAGAAAGCCGCCACAAGAGCUGGGAUGAGGAGAGUGAUGUUAGCAGUGUGGACACUUCUGUGGAUGAGAUCUCAGACCUGAACAAGGACAUCCAGCACUUCCAGGAAAUGCGCUGUGGAAACGCCCGCAAGUACCUGUGGCUGACUCUGGAGAACCCGGGCUACUCCAUUCCCAGUAAGCUUUUCAGCUUUCUCUCUAUAGCUGUGGUUCUGACCUCCAUAUCCAUCAUGUGCAUUAACAGCCUUCCAGAGUACCAGCACUUUGACGAGGAUGGCAAACAAGUGGAGGAGCCGACCCUGCAAGCGCUGGAGUUCUUCUGCAUCUGCUGGUUCACCUUUGAGGUAGUGACGCGGAUGCUUUUGGCGCCCAACAGGAGAAAGUUCUUCCGCCACCCACUUAACAUAAUCGACAUUGUGUCGGUGUUGCCCAUCUAUAUCACGCUGCCUAUUGACCUGGCGUUGGGCAGUGAAUCAGAGCUGGGGAACCUGGGCAAAUUGGUGCAGGUGUUCCGCCUCAUGAGGAUAUUCAGGGUUCUGAAGCUGGCCAGACAUUCAACAGGCCUCAGGUCUUUGGGAGCAACGCUAAGGCACAGUUACAGGGAGGUGGGCAUCCUGCUGCUGUACCUGGGCGUGGGUGUGUGCGUGUUCUCUGGCUUUGCCUAUACUGCAGAGUAUGAGGAGGACGUGGGGCUGGAUACCAUUCCUGCCUGCUGGUGGUGGGGCACCGUCAGCAUGACCACCGUGGGCUACGGCGAUGUGGUGCCCGUCACGGUGGCCGGCAAGCUGGCGGCCAGUGGCUGCAUCCUGGGUGGGACCCUGGUGGUGGCCCUGCCCAUCACUAUCAUCUUCAACAAGUUCUCUCACUUCUACCGCAAGCAGAAGGCCCUGGAAGCCUCGGUGAGAAACAGCAACAAAAAGAAGGUCAAAGUGUGCAGUGACAAUGUGAAGGAGGAAGAGGAUGGGGAUGGGGGUUUGGAUAGGGAUAGCCAGUGUCUGGAGGAGCUGGAUGAGGAUGAAGAUGAUGGAGGAGUGGUAAAUUAUAGCUAUGUUGAUCAUCCACCGCUGCCUAUGGAGAGGUCCAGCCCGUUGGCGAGGAGGAAAGAGUUCUUCAACUCUGAGUGCUUCACCAUAAACACAGGACAGAUGACAGAAGAAUUAUUACAGGGAAAGUAA